AUGAGAGAAUUAGGUGAAAAUGAGGCGUUGCUUGUUAAACAAGUGGAUUCAGGGAUGAAGUGUAGCUGGAGAGCUGGGCCUGGUUUAAGAUGGAUGCCACUAUAGAGCCGGGCCUGGUUUAAGAUGGAUGCCACUAUAGAGCUGGGCAUGGUUUAAGAUGGAUGCCACUAUAGAGGUGGGCCUGGUUUAAGAUGGAUGCCACUAUAGAGGUGGGCCUGGUUUAAGAUGGAUGCCACUAUAGAGGUGGGCCUGUUUUAAGAUGGAUGCCACUAUAGAGGUGGGCCUGGUUUAAGAUGGAUGCCACUAUAGAGCUGGGCCUGGUUUAAGAUGGAUGCCACUAUAGAGCCGGGCCUGGUUUAAGCUGGAUGCCACUAUAGAGGUGGGCCUGGUUUAAGAUGGAUGCCACUAUAGAGCUGGGCCUGGUUUAAGAUGGAUGCCACUAUAGAGGUGGGCCUGGUUUUAAGAUGGAUGCCACUAUAGAGGUGGGCCUGGUUUAAGAUGGAUGCCACUAUAGAGGUGGGCCUGGUUUAAGAUGGAUGCCACUAUAGAGGUGGUUUAAGAUGGAUGCCCACUAUAGAGGUGGGCCUGGUUUAAGAUGGAUGCCACUAUAGAGGUGGGCCUGGUUUAAGAUGGAUGGCCACUAUAGAGGUGGUUUAAGAUGGAUGCCACUAGGGUGGUAGAUGGAUGCCAUAGAGGUGGGCCUGGUUUAAGAUGGAUGCCACUAUAGAGGUGGGCCUGGUUUAAGAUGGAUGCCACUAUAGAGGUGAAAGGAACACCGCAACACUUUCCCUCUUUCUCACUUCAUCAAUACGGUGGAUAAAAAGGGGUUUGCCAGGCGUACUCUGAAAGAGAUCAAUUAUGGCAACAAAGGGUCUCAUUAUCUGCUGCUGGCACAUUGUAGAACAGAUGUCCACAGGCAGAAAGUGUACAAUGUAAUGAUGAGCAGUGUAGAUAUUGCUUUUGUUGUGUUGAAUUUGACAGUAACACUUGUGUGUGUGAGUGAGGGUGGAGGGAUUACAAAUUCGAUAUCACAAACAGCAGUUUUAGAAGGGCACGUCAUUUUCCGACUCUACCCCUCCUUCACCAAGUUGGCUGCCAUCUGACAAUGGCCCAUAGAAACUACACCUAAACUAUAUCAAAAAACGAAUAUACCACAUAGGCCAGUAAUAAUAGAUGUAGCCUAAAGACAAGAUUUAAUUGACAAUAGUCUUGAUUGGUGACAAUAUUAUCAAUUACCUUGAGAAUGAAGAGACUCCAGCACAUCGUGGGUAAUUGACAAAGGGAACUUUUUCAAACCAUUGUUCGUGGAGGUAAGACGUUUUUAUUUCAUAUCGCAAAAGAGCAGGUUCUAAGGUUUCCAAAACACAUUAAGCCAUGGGCUCUAUUCCAAAACACAUUAAGCCAUGGGCUCUAUUCCAAAACACAUUAAGCCAUGGGCUCUAUUCCAACACAUUAAGCCAUGGGCUCUAUUCCAAAACACAUUAAGCCAUGGGCUCUAUUCCAAAACACAUUAAGCCAUGGGCUCUAUUCCAAAACACAUUAAGCCAUGGGCUCUAUUCCAAAACACAUUAAGCCAUGGGCUCUAUUCCAAAACACAUUAAGCCAUGGGCUCUAUUCCAAAACACAUUAAGCCAUGGGCUCUAUUCCAAAACACAUUAAGCCAUGGGCUCUAUUCCAAAACACAUUAACAUUUUACAUUUACAUUUUAGUCAUUUAGCAGACGCUCUUAUCCAGAGCGACUUACAGGAGCAAUUAGGGUUAAGUGCCUUGCUCAAGGGCACAUUAACGUCAUUUAGCAGACGCUCUUAGCCAGAGCGACUCGCAAAUUGGUGCGUUCACCCUAUAGCCAGUGGGAUAACCACUUUACAAUUUGGGGGGGGGGGGGGGGGGGGGUUAGAAGGAACACUUUAUCCUAUCCCAGGUAUUCCUUAAAGAGGUGGGGUUUCAAAUGUCUCCGGAAGGUGGUGAGUGACUCCGCUGUCCUGGCGUCGUGAGGGAGCUUGUUCCACCAUUGGGGUGCCAGAGCAGCGAACAGUUUUGACUGGGCUGAGCGGGAGCUAUGCUUCCGCAGAGGAAGGGGAGCCAGCAGGCCAGAGGUGGAUGAACGCAAUGCCCUCGUUUGGGUGUAGGGACUGAUCAGAGCCUGAAGGUACAGAGGUGCCGUUCCCCUCACUGCUCCAUAGGCAAGCACCAUGGUCUUGUAGCGGAUGCGAACUUCAACUGGAAGCCAGUGGAGUGUGCGGAGGAGGGGGGUGACGUGAGAGAACUUGGGAAGGUUGAACACCAGACGGGCUGCGGCAUUCUGGAUGAGUUGUAGGGGUUUAAUGGCACAGGCAGGGAGGCCAGCCAACAGCGAGUUGCAGUAGUCCAGACGGGAGAUGACAAGUGCCUGGAUUAGGACCUGUGCCGCUUCCUGUGUAAGGCAGGGUCGUACUCUCCGAAUGUUGUAGAGCAUGAACCUGCAGGAGCGGGUCACCGCCUUGAUGUUGGCGGAGAACGACAGGGUGUUGUCCAGGGUCACGCCUAGGCUCUUCGCACUCUGGGAGGAGGACACAGCGGAGUUGUCAACCGUGAUGGCGAGAUCAUGGAACGGGCAGUCCUUCCCCGGGAGGAAGAGCAGCUCCGUCUUGCCAGGGUUCAGCUUGAGGUGGUGAUCCGUCAUCCAUACUGAUAUGUCUGCCAGACAUGCAGAGAUGCGAUUCGCCACCUGGUUAUCAGAAGGGGGAAAGGAGAAGAUUAGUUGUGUAUCGUCAGCGUAGCAAUGAUAGGAAAGGCCAUGUGAGGAUAUGACAGAGCCAAGUGACUUGGUGUAUAGGGAGAAAAGGAGAGGGCCUAGAACUGAGCCCUGGGGGACACCAGUGGUGAGAGCACGUGGUGCGGAGACAGCUUCUCGCCACGCCACUUGGUAGGAGCGACCGGUCAGGUAGGACGCAAUCUAGGAGUGAGCCGCGCCGGAGAUGCCCAGCUCGGAGAGGGUGGAGAGGAGGAUCUGAUGGUUCACAGUAUCAAAGGCAGCAGACAGGUCUAGAAGGACAAGAGCAGAGGAGAGAGAGUUAGCUUUAGCAGUGCGGAGAGUCUCCGUGACACAGAGAAGAGCAGUCUCAGUUGAAUGACCAGUCCUGAAACCUGAUUGGUUUGGAUCAAGAAGGUCAUUCUGAGAGAGAUAGCAAGAGAGUUGGCUAAAGACGGCACGCUCAAUAGUUUUGGAAAGAAAAGAAAGAAGGGAUACUGGUCUGUAGUUGUUGACAUCAGUGGGGUCGAGUGUUGGUUUUUUGAGAAGGGGAGCAACUCUCGCUCUCUUGAAGACGGAAGGGACAUGGCCAGCGGUCAAGGAUGAGUUGAUCAGCGAGGUGAGGUAGGGGAGAAGGUCACCGGAGAUGGUCUGGAGAAGGGAGGAGGGGAUGGGGUCAAGCGGGCAGGUUGUUGGGCGGCCUGCAGUCACAAGUCGCAGGAUUUUAUCUGGAGAGAGAGGGGAGAAAGAAGUCAAAGCAUAGGGUAGGGCAGUGUGAGCAGGACCAGCAGUGUCAUUAGACUUAACAAACGAGGAUCGGAUGUCGUCAACCUUCUUUUCAAAGUGGUUGACGAAGUCAUCUACAGAGAGAGAGGAGGGGGGGGGGGGGGGGGGGGGGGGGGGGGAGGAUUCAGGAGGGAGGAAAAUGUGGCAAAGAGCUUCCUAGGGUUAGAGGCAGAUGCUUGGAAUUUAGAGUGGUAGAAGGUGGCCUUAGCAGCAGAAACAGAUGAAGAAAAUGUAGAGAGGAGGGAGUGAAAAGAUGCCAGGUCGGCAGGGAGUUUAGUUUUCUUCCAUUUCCGCUCCGCUGCCCGGAGCUCUGUUCUGUGAGCUCACAAUGAGUCAUCAAGCCACGGAGCUGGAGGGGAGGACCGAGCCGGCCGGGAGGAUAGGGGACACAGAGAGUCAAAGGAUGCAGAAAGGGAGGAAAGGAGGGUUGAGGAGGCAGAAUCAGGAGAUUGGAGGGAGAAGGAUUGAGCAGAGGGAAGAGAUGAUAGGAUGGAAGAGGAGAGAGUAGUGGGAGAGAGAGAGCGAAGGUUGCGGCGGCGCAUUACCAUCUGUGUAGGGGCAGAGUGAGUAGUGUGGGAGGAGAGUGAGAGAGAAAAGGAAACAAAGUAGUGGUCGGAGACAUGGAGGGGAGUUGCAGUGAGAUUAGUAGAGGAGCAGCAUCUAGUGAAGAUGAGGUCAAGCGUAUUGCCUGCCUUGUGAGUAGGGGGGGACGGUGAGAGGGUGAGGUCAAAAGAGGAGAGGAGUGGAAAGAAGGAGGCAGAGAGAAAUGAGUCAAAUGUGGACAUAGGGAGGUUGAAAUCCCCCAAAACUGUGAGGGGUGAGCCAUCCUCAGGGAAGGAACUUAUCAAGGCGUCAAGCUCAUUGAUGAACUCUCCAAGGGAACCUGGAGGGCGAUAGAUGACAAGGAUAUUAAGCUUAAAUGGGCUAGUGACUGUGACAGCAUGGAAUUCAAAUGAGGAGAUAGACAGAUGGGUUAGGGGAAAAAUUGAGAAUGUCCACUUGGGAGAGAUGAGGAUUCCUGUACCACCACCCCUCUGACCAGAUGCUCUCGGGGUAUGCGAGAACACAUGGUCAGACGAGGAGAGAGCAGUAGGAGUAGCAGUGUUUUCAGUGGUGAUCCAUGUUUCCGUCAGCGCCAGGAAGUCGAGGGACUGGAGGUUGGCAUAGGCUGGGAUGAAGUCAGCUUUGUUGGCAGCAGAACGGCAGUUCCAGAGGCUGCCUGCGACCUGGAACUCCACGUGGGUGGUGCGUGCAGGGACCACCAGGUUAGAGAGGCAGCAGCCACGCGGUUGUGGUGCGUUUGUGUAGCCUGUGCAGAGAGGAGAGAACAGGGAUAGGCAGAGACAUAGUUGACAGGCUGUAGCAAAUGGCUACAAAAAUGCAGAGGAGAUCGGAAUGAAAUGAGCUAAGCAUCUGGGAGCGGAGAGAGCAGGGCCUCCCUCACCAAAAACGUCUACCUCAGAAACUAAAAUUGUUUCACUGAACCACCCGAACAAAAACUCUCCCAACUUCCGCCUUUAGAAAUCAGAAUUGUUGUGAACCACAGCGGUUCAAUGUUUAAAGGAAUAGACUCAACCCACUUAUUCAGCUAGCCAACUAUGACACCAUAGCUAACUAGCAAGCUAGCAUCCAAUAACAAUAACACACAAUGUUUAGCACCAACACUUGGUCACAACAAACCACCAAUAGUGUGAUAACACACUAAACAGAUCAUUCGUGUCUGUGUCAAGUUCCUUUCAUGACGCAGCAAUGAUUAGACGUUGGCUAGCUAGGACAAGUAUAUUGUAUUUAGCUACUACCGUACAGUUAGCUGGUCGUGUUGGGUAGCUAGCAAUGGCCACUGUGUUGACUUUGUUUGAAGAACGGCUAGCUAGCUAGCUUCGUGCUACACCCGGCACACAAUGGCUAUUGUGUUGACUCUGACUCUGUUCGAAAAAACGGCUAGGUAGCUCGCUUCGUGCUACAGCCGGCACUGCCAAGACACAGUAACUACACACAACAACCCACGAUGCCUAGCUAUGACGCCGUAGCUAACUUGCAAGCUAGCAUCCAUUAACACACAAUUUAGCAUCAAUACUUGGUUACAACAAACUGCCAAGAGUGUGUUAGCACACUAAACAGAUAAUUCAAGUCCGUGUCUAGUUCCUUUCAUAACUGCAUAACGCAGCAAAAAAUUAAACGUUGGCUAGUACUACAUUAACAUUGGAACCAGCUCUCCAGCGUUGCUAAUCGUUACCAGUAGCUACCCGCUAGCUAGCUAGCCUCGUGCUUCGAUACUAACCUACAAUUACCUACGGAAACCUACAAUAACAACAAUACUAACCUAUAAUAAAUACAAUACCUAACUACGGCUAACUACCUACCUACGAUCUAAUACAUGGUUAAGCAAAAAUUAAACGUUGGCUAGCACUACAUUAACAUUGGGACCAGCUCUCUAGCGUUGCUAAUCGUUACCAGUAGUUACCCGCUAGCUAGCUAGCCUCGUGCUUCGAUACUAACCUACAAUUACCUACGGAAACCUACAAAAACAACAAUACUAACCUAUGAUAAAUACAAUACCUAACUACAGCUAACUACCUACCUACGAUCUAAUACAUGGUUAAGCUUUACUCAACACCAUAUGAGAAGCUUACCUCCUGCUUACCUCCUUACCUCCUGCUACUAGGUUUGUCAUAGUUUACAAUUGGGGGGCUUCAAGAGGAAACAUAGUUAGAUUCAUCUUAGGGCCACAGAAAAUUCAAAAGGCUUAAGGAGGGUCCAAUAAACAUUUGAGAAACCCUGCAUUAGCCUGUGAGAAGAGUACCAGUGAUUAUCUUCUUACCUUGCAGCGACACCAUUAAGCCAUGGGCUCUAUUCCAAAACACAUUAAGCCAUGGGCUCUAUUCCAAAACACAUUAAGCCAUGGGCUCUAUUCCAAAACACAUUAAGCCAUGGGCUCUAUUCCAAAACACAUUAAGCCAUGGGCUCUAUUCCAAACACAUUAAGCCAUGGGCUCUAUUCCAAAACACAUUAAGCCAUGGGCUCUAUUCCAAACACAUUAAGCCAUGGGCUCUAUUCCAAAACACAUUAAGCCAUGGGCUCUAUUCCAAACACAUUAAGCCAUGGUCUCUAUUCCAAAACACAUUAAGCCAUGGGCUCUAUUCCAAAACACAUUAAGCCAUGGGCUCUAUUCCAAACACAUUAAGCAUGGGCUCCUAUUCCCAAAAACACAUUAAGCCCAUGGGCUCUAUUCCAAAACACAUUAAGCCAUGGCCUCUAUUCCAAAAACACAUUAAGCCAUGGGCUCUAUCCAAACACAUUAAGCCAUGGGCGCUAUUCCAAAACACAGUUAAGCCAUUAGCCAUGGGCUCUAUUACCAAAACACAUUAAGCCAUGGGUCUAUUCCAAAACACAUUAAGCCAUGGGGCUCUAUUGCCAAAAACACAUUAAGCCAUGGGCUCUAUUCCAAAAUCACAUUGAAGCCAUGGGCCUCUAUUCCAAAACACAUUAAGCCAUGGGUCUCUAUUCCAAACCAUUAAGCAUGGGCUCUAUCCAAACACAUUAAGCCAUGGGCUCUAUUCCAAAACACAUAAGCCAUGGGGCUCUAUCCAAACACAUUAAGCCAUGGGCUCUAUUCCAAACAAUUAGCCAUGGCUCUAUUCCAAAACACAUUAAGCCAUGGGCUCUAUUCCAAAACACAUUAAGCCAUGGGCUCUAUUCCAAAACACAUUAAGCCAUGGGCUCUAUUCCAAAACACAUUAAGCCAUGGGCUCUAUUCCAAAACACAUUAAGCCAUGGGCUCUAUUCCAAAACACUUAAGCCAUGGUCUCUAUUCCAAACACAUUAAGCCAUGGGCUCUAUUCCAAAACACAUUAAGCCAUGGGCUCUAUUCCAAAACACAUUAAGCCAUGGGCUCUAUUCCAAACACAUUAAGUCAUGGGCUCUAUUCCAAAACACAUUAAGCCAUGGGCUCUAUUUCCAAAACACAUUAAGCCAUGGGCUCUAUUCCAAAACACAUUAAGCCAUGGGUCUAUUCCAAAACACAUUAAGCCAGGGCUCUAUUCCAAAACACAUUAAGCCAUGGGCUCUAUUCCAAAACACAUUAAGCCAUGGGCUCUAUUCCAAAACACAUUAAGCCAUGGGCUCUAUUCCAAAACACAUUAAGCCAUGGGCUCUAUUCCAAAACACAUUAAGCCAUGGGCUCUAUUCCAAAACACAUUAAGCCAUGGGCUCUAUUCCAAAACACAUUAAGCCAUGGGCUCUAUUCCAAAACACAUUAAGCCAUGGGCUCUAUUCCAAAACACAUUAAGCCAUGGGCUCUAUUCCAAAACACUUUAAGCCAUGGUCUCUAUUCCAAAACACAUUAAGCCAUGGGCUCUAUUCCAAAACACAUUAAGCCAUGGGCUCUAUUCCAAACACAUUAAGCCAUGGGCUCUAUUCCAAAACACAUUAAGCCAUGGGCUCUAUUCCAAAACACAUUAAGCCAUGGGCUCUAUUCCAAAACACAUUAAGCCAUGGGCCUCUAUUCCAAAACACAUUAAGCCAUGGGCUCUAUUCCAAAACACAUUAAGCCAUGGGCUCUAUUCCAAAACACAUUAAGCCAUGGGCUCUAUUCCAAAAUAUAUUUUUUAUAAUAUUGCCGCUAUUCCAUGUGUUCUACAUGUGAGCACUGAAGGAACCCUAAGAGGUUCCUUCAGUGUGUCAACGUGCUAGGGGCUCAGAGCUUCCAAGCUGGACGCCACUACUGGGAGGUAGAUUAGUGUGUGUGUGGUGUGUGUGUGUGUGGUGUGUGGUGUUGUGUGUGUUGUGUGGUGUGGCGUGUGUGUGUUGUGUUGUUGUGUGUGUGUGGUGUGUGUUGUUGUGUGUCACCUUAAGUGCUACUUGUUCCUGUAUUGAAAGAGCCUUCCAAGCCUAUCUCCUGUUUCUGUAGUGAGACAGCUUGAUGUACAGGACACCCCCUGGACAGGACACUAUUCUAUCUCCUUUUCUGUAGUGAGCAGCUUGAUGUCAGGACACCCCUGGACAGGACACUAGUAAAACUCCUGUUCUGUAUGAGCCAGCUUGAAUGACAGGACACCCCUGACAGGACAAUAGUUUUCUCCUGUUUCGAGGACAGUUAUGACAGGAAAACCCCCUGGACAGGACAUAGUCUAUCUCCUGUUUCGUAGUGAGACGCUUGAUGUACAGGACACCCCUGGACAGGACUAUCUAUUCCUUUCUGUGUGAGACAGCUUGAUUUACAGACCCCCCUGGACAGGACACUAGUCUUAUUCCUUUUGACCUGGAGGUGGACCCAGGACCAGAGCUGGACCUGGAGGUGGACCCCGGACCAGAGCUAGACCUGGAUGGCUUCGGCAGCAGAAUCCAUGGCACCACUACAUACAUUAACUGGAGGUGGGACCAGGACCAGAGCUGGACUGUAUGGCUUCGGCAGCAAUCCAUGGGCACCACUCACAUAAUUACCUGGAGGUGACCCAGGACCAGACUGGACCUGGAUGGCUUCGGCAGCCAGAUCCAUGGACCACUACAUACAUUACCUGGAGUUGGACCCAGACAUAGCUGGAAACCUGGAUGGCUUCGCACAGAUCCCUGGCACCACUACAAUACAUACCUGGAGAAGAUGUUUUUCGGUCUCUCAAACCUUGUAGACGCCUAGUUAACAUGACGCUUCCUCCAAACACCACCCUAUUCCCUGUAGGUGCACUACAUUUGCCCCCUACCUCCACCCCCCAAAAAAUUGUGCUUGUCUUUAUUGUACUCACCCUGGCACUUGAUUCGGCUGAUUGUUUACACGAAUAGAAGUGAGUCCGUACAAAUACAUCCAGACGUGUUACGAGAAGUACGCCGUACAAUGCCAUCCUUUUCUAGCUCCAACACAUACUUCUGUGGGGAUGUAAUAGAUGUUUUCGCUAAAUUAAGGACAUGCAUGACAUUUCGUGUGAGAUUUGUUUUAAUUGUAUGCUAGUCUGGAGCAAAAACCUGCACACACUUUGGCCUAUUGGUGAUACAAUCGGGAUGCAACUAGUCACUUUUCGCAAAAUUCGCGAUUUUGAAUCCAAAUAGGUACCUCCGUGAUCGUGUAGAUCCGAUGAGAAAAGUUUGGGGCGCGGGGGCUUUGGAUCAUGUAUGCUGUAAGCGACGAGUGAUGCGCGUUUGGAUCACUACUGGCUGCCUUCCAAGGCUCAGCCAAUCCAAUUCACAUAACAAAAAUGCAGCACUCGACUUGCUAGCAUCUUCGUGAAGCUGUAACCGCAAAUGUUUUGAGGUGAGGAGAAAGUUUGGUGUACAAGUUAUUGUUAGCAUUGUUAAGUAUCUUGCUAGCUGGAUCGAUUCCUCGUUAGCUAGCCGAUAAAUGUUGAGCACAUUAGCCAACUUAACUGAUCAAUUAUGAGUUUAUAGUGUAAAAAUGAUCUGUCUUAAUAGGCAGACAUCUAACGUAGCUAGCUAGCUAACGUCAACUCAGUAGCUAACGUUAGUAACCUAAGCCAUUCGCUAUAGUAUUACUGGUAUACGACUCCGUACGGUUUCCUCAGUCAUAACGCGUUAGUUGCUUACUGGACCCUGGCAUCUGUGUGAAAUGUUAACUAGCGAACAAACGACUAUCUGGAAACGAAUGUGUCCCCUCUUCAGUGUUUUGUAACUUUCAGAAUGAGAGAAUUAGGUGAAAUGAGGCGUUGCUUUGUUAAACAAGUGGAUUCCGGAUGAAGUGUACUGGGAGCUGGGGGCCUGGUUAGAUGGUGCCACUAUAGAGCCGGCCUGGUUAAUAUUGGAUUCCACUUAGAGCUGGCAUGGUUUAAGAUUGAUGCCACUAUAAAGGUUGUGCCUGUUUAAGAUGAUGCCACUAUUAGUGGCGGUUUAAGAUGGGAUGCCACUAUAGAGGUGGGCCCUGUUUUAAGAGGGAUGCACUAUAGAGGGGGCCUGGUUUAAGAUGGAUGCCAUAUUUGAUAGCUGGGCCUGUUAAGAUGGAAUGCCACUAUAGACCCGGCUGUUUACGCUGGAUGCACUAGAGGUGGCCUGGUUUAAGAAUGGAUGCCACUAUAGAGCUGGGCCUGUUUUAGAUUUGAUGCCACGAUGAGUGGCCUGGUUUGAGAUGAUGCCACUAUAGAUGUGGGCCUGGUUUUAGGAUGGAUGCCACUAUAGAGGUGUCCUGGUUAAGAUGGAUGCCACUAGAGAGGUGUUUAAAGAUGGAUGCCACUAUAGAGGUGGCCUGGUUUAAGAUGGAUGCCACUAUAGAGGUGGGGCUGUUUUAGAUGGAAUGCCACUAUAGAGGUGGUUUAAGAUGCUGCCACUAUAGGGUGGUUUUAAGUGAUCCACUAUAGAGGUGGGCCGGUUUUAAGAUGGAGCCACUAUAAGGUGGGCCUGGGCUUAAGAUGGAUGCCACGAUAAGGUGAAAGGAACACCGCAACACUUUCCCUCUUCCACUUUCAUCAAUACGGUGGAUAAAAAAGGGUUUGCCAUCGUACUCGAAAGAGUCAAUUAUGGCAACAAAGGGUCUCAUUACUGCUGCUGGCACUUGUAGAACAGAUGUCCACAGGCAGAAAGUGUACAAUGUAAUGAGAGGCAGGUAGAAUUUUGCUUUUGUUGUGUUGAAUUUGACAGUAACACUUGUGUUUGUGAGUGAGGGUGGAGGGUUUACAAAUUCGAUAUCACAAACAGCAGUGUUAGAGGGCACGUCAUUUUCCGCUCUACCCCUCCUUCACCAAGUUGGCUGCCAUCUGACAAGGGCCCAUAGAAACUACACUAAUAUAUCAAAAAACGAAUAUACCACAUAGGCCAGUAAUAAUCGAUGUAGCCUAAAGACAAGAUUUAUUGACAAUAGUCUUGUUGGUGACAAUAUUAUCAAUUACCUUGAGAAUUAAGAGACUCCAGCACAUCGUGUGAAUGCCAAAGGGAACUUUUUCAAACCAUUGUUCGUGGAGGUAAAGACGUUCUUUAUUUCAUAUCGUCAAAGAGCAGUUUUUCUAAGGUUUCCCAAAACACAUUAAGCCAUGGGCUCUAUUCCAAACACUUAGCCAUGGGCUCUAUUCCAAAACCAUUAAGCCAGGCUCUAUUCAACACAUUAAGCCAUGGGCGUCUAUUCCAAACACUUAAGCCUGGCUCUAUUCCCAAACAUACAUUAAGCCAUUGGCUCUAUUCCAAAACACCUUAAGCCAUGGGCUCUAUUCCAAAACACAUUAGCCAUGGCUCUAUUCCAAAACACCUUAAGCCAUGGCUCUAUUCCAAAACACAUUAAACAUGGCUCUAUCCAAAACACAUUAAGCCAUGGGCUCUAUUCCAAACCCAUUACCAUUUUACAUUUACAUUUUAGUUCAUUUAGCAAACGCUCCUUUAUCCAGAGCGACUUACAGAGCAAUUAGGGGUUAAUCAUUAAUCAAGGGCCAUUAACUUUCAUUUAGCAGACGUCUUAGCCAAGCGACUCGCAAAUGGGUGCUUCCCCUAUGCCAUGGGAUAACCACUUUUACAAUUUUGGGGGGGGGGGGGGGGGUUUAGAAGAACACUUUAUCCUAUCCAGUUAUUUCCUUAAAGAGGUGGGGUUUCAAAUGUCCUCCGGAAGGUGUAGUGACUCCGCUGUCCUGGCGUCCGGGAGGAGCUUGUUCCACCAUUUGGGGUUUCCAGGCAAGCGAACAGUUUUGACUGGGCGAGCGGGAGCUAGCUUCCGCAGAGUAAUAGGGGAGCCAGCAGGCCCGAGGUGGAUGAACGCAAUGCCCUCGUUUGGGUGUAGGACGGAUCCGAGCCUGAAGGUACAGAGGGCCGUUCCCCUCACUGCUCCAUAGCAAGCACCAUUGUCUUGUAGCGGAUGGCGAACUUCACGAAACCAGUGGAGUGGUGCGGAGGGGGGGUGACGUGAGAGAACUUGGGAAGUUUUUGAAACACCAACGGCGGCGGCAUUCUGGAUGAUUGUAGGGUUUAGUGGCAACAGGCAGGGAGGCCAGCCACAGUCGAUUGCAGUAGUUCCAGACGGGAGAUGACAGUCCUGGAUUAGGACCUGUGCCGCUUCCUGUUAAGGCAGGGUCGUACUCUCCUAAUGUUGUAGAGCAAUGAACCUGCAGGAGCGGGUCACCGCCUUGCUGUUGGCGAGAACGACAGGGUUUUUUGUCCAGGUCACGCUAGGCUCUUCGCACUCUGGAGUAGGACGCAGCGGAGUUGUCCACCCGUGAUGGCGAGAUCAAUGGAAUCGCCGUCCUUCCCCGGGAGGAAGAGCCAGCUCCGCGUGCCAGGGUUCAUCUUGAAGGUGGUGAUCCGUCAUCCAUACUGAUAUGUCUGCCAGACAUGCAGAGGAUGCGUUCCCACCCUGGUUAUCCUAAGGGGUAAGGGAAGAUUAGUUUUUGUGUAUCGUCAGCGUCAGCCAUGAUAGAAAGUCCAUGUGAGGAUUACAGAGCCAAGUGAUUGGUGUAUAUGGAGAAAAGAGAGGGCCGAGAACUGAGCCCUGGGGACACCAUGGGUGAGAGCCGUGGUGCGGAGACAGCUUCUCGCCACGCCACUUGGUAUGUGAAGCUACCGGUCCAGGUAGGACGCAAUCUAGGAGGGCCGCGCCGGAAUCCAGCUCGGAGAGGGGGAGUAGGAGGAUCUGAUGGUUCACAGUAUCAAAGGCAGCAACAGGUCUAGAAGGACAAGAGCAUAGGAGAGAGAAGUACUUUGCAGUGCGGAGAGUCUCCGUGACACAGAGAAGAGCAGUCUCUUGAAUGACCACCUGAAACCUGAUUGGUUUGGAUCAAGAAGGUCAUUCUGAGAGAGAUAGCAAGAGAGUGUGGCUAAAGACGGCACGCUCCAAUAGUUUUUGGAAAAGAAAAGAAAGAAAUGGAUCUGGUCUGUAUUUGUUGACAUCAGUGGGUUCGAGUGUUGGUUUUGAGAAGGGGAUCAACUCUCGCUCUCGUUGAAGACUGAAGGACAUUGCCAGCGGUCCCAAGUAUGAAGUUGAUCAGCGAGGUGAGGUAGGGGAGAGGUCACCGGAGAUGGUCUUGAGAGGGAGGAGGGGAUGGGGUUCAAGCGGUCAUGUUGUUGGGGCGGCCUGCAUUCACAAGUCGCAGAUUUAUCUGGAGAGAGAGGGGGAGAAAGAAGUCAAAGCAUAGGGUAGGCAGUGUGAGCAGACAGCAACGUGCAUUAUACUUUAACAAACGAGGAUCGGAUGUCGUCAACCUUCUUUUCAAGUGGUUGACGAGUCAUCUACAGAGAGAGAGGAGGGGGGGGGGGGGGGGGGGGGGGGGGAGGAUUCAGGAGGUAGGAAAAUGUGGCAAAGAGCUUCCUAGGUGUUAGAGGCAGAUGCUUGGAAUUUUAGAGUGGUAUAAGGUGGCCUUAGCAGCGAAACAGAUGAAAGCAAAUGUAUAGAGGAGGGAAAGUGAAAAGAUGCCAGCUGCAAGGGAGUUUUAUUUUUCUUCCUUUCGGCGCUCCGGCUGGCCGGCGUAGCUCUGUUCUGUGAGCUCACAUGAGUCAUCACCACGGAGCUGGGAGGGGAGGACUCGAGCCGGCCGGAGGAUUAGGGGACACAGAGAGUCCCAAAGGAUCAGAAAGGGAGUAAAGGAGGUUGAGGAGGCAGAAUGCAGAGAUGGAGGGAGAAGGAUUGACAGAGUGAAGAGAUGUAGGAUGGAAGAGGAGAGAGUAGUGGAGAGAGAGAGCGAAGGUUGCUGCGUCGCAUUACCAUCUGUUGUAGGCAGAGUGAGUAUGUGGUGGGAGGAGAGUGAAUGAGAAAAGGAAACCAAGUAGUGGUCGGAGACAUGAGGGGAGUUGCAGUGAGAUUAGUAGAGGAGCAGCAUCUAGUGAGAUGAGGUCCAGCGUAGUGCCUGCCUUGGUGAUAGGGGGGGACGUGAGAGGGUGAGGUCAAAAGAGAGUAGGAGUGGAAAGGAAGGAGGCAGAGAGAAAUGAUUCAAUGUGGACAUAGGAGGUUGAAUCCCCCAAACUGUGAGGGGGAGCCUCCCUCAGGAAGGGAACUCUAUCAAGGCGUCAAGCUCAUUGAUGACUCUCCAAGGAACCCUGGAGGGCGAUAAGAUGACAAGGAUAUUAAGCUUAAAUGGGCUAUGACUGUGACAGCAUGGAAUUCAAAUGAGAGAUAGACGAUGGGUUAGGGGAAAAAUUUAGAAAUGUCCACUUGGGAGAGAUGAGAUUCCUGUACCACCACCCCUCUGACCAGAUGCUCUCGGGGUAUGCGAGACACAUGGUCAGACUAGAGAGAGCAGUAGGAGUAGCAGUGUUUAUUGGGUGAUCCAUGUUUCCUUCAGCCCAGGAAGUCGAGGGACUGUAGUUGGCAUAGGCUGGGAUGAAGUCCAGCUUUGUUGCAGCAGAAAGGGGGCGUCAGUUUUCCAAGGCCUGCCUGCGACCUGGAACUCCCACUUGGGUGGUGCGUGCAGGACCACCAGGUUAGAGAGGCAGCAAGCCACUCGGUGUGGUGCGUUGUGUAGCCUGUGCAGAGAGGAAAGAACAUGGAUAGGCAGAGACUAGUUGACAGCUGUAGCAAUGCUACAAAUGCAGAGGAUAUCGAAUGAAAUGAGCUAAGCUCUGGGAUCGGAGAGAGCAGGGCCUCCCUCACCACAACGUCUACCCUCAAAACUAAAUUGUUUCACUAACCAACCCUAACAAAACUCUCCCACCUUCCGCCUUUAGAAAUCAGAAUUGUUGUGAACCACAGCGGUUCAAGUUUAAAGGAAUAGACUCAACCCUGUAUUCAGCUAGGCCAACUAUGACACCAUAAGCUAACUAGCAGCUAGCAUCCAUACAAUAACACACAAUGUUUAGCACCACCACUGGUCACAACAAACCACCAAUAGUGUAUAACACACUAAACAGAUCAUUCUUUGCUGGUGUCAAGUUCCUUUCAUUACGCAGCAGAGAGACGUUGGCUAGCCGAGGACAAGACUAAUUGUAGUUAGCUACUACCGUACGUAGCUGGUCGUGUUGGGUAGCUAGCAUGGCCACUGUGUUGACUUUGUUGAAUAACGGCUAGCAGCUAGCUUCGUGCUACACCGGCCACAAUGGGCUAUUGGUGUUGACUCUGACUCUGUUCGAAAAAACGGCUAGGUUAGCUCGCUUCGUGCUACAGCCGCACUGCCAAGACACAGGGAACUACCACAACAACACGAUGCCUGAGCUAUGAACGCCGUAGCUAACUGCUCAAGCUAUCAUCCAUUAACCCCAAUUUAGCAUCAUACUUGGUUACAACAACUGCCAAGGUGUGUAGCAGCACUAAACAUAUAAUUCAGUCCGUGUCUAGUUCCUGCAUACGCAUAACCAGCAAAAAUUAACGUUGGCCUGUACUACAAUUAACAUUGAAACCACUCUUCCAGCGUUGCUAAUCGUUUACCAUAUCUACCCCUAGCUAGCUAGCCUCGGUGCUCGAUACUAACCUAACAUUACCUACGGAAACUACAAUAACAACAAUACUAACCUAUAAUAAAUACAAUACCUAACUACGGCUACUACCUACCUAGCUCUAAUACAUGGUUAUCAAAAAUUAAACGUUGGCUAGCACUACAUUACAUUGGGACCAGCUCUCUAGCUUGCUAAUCGUUCCAGUAUUGACCCGCUAGUAGCUAGCCUCGGGGAAUUCGAUACUACCUACAAUUACCUACGGAAACCUACAAAACAACAAUACGAACCUAUGAUAAAUACAAUACCUAACUACAGCUAACUACUACCUACGCUCUAAUACAUGGUUAAGCUUCUCAACACAUAUGAGCAUCUUACCUCCUGCUUACCUCCUUACCUCCUGCUACUAGGUUUUGGUCAAGUUUACAAUUGGGGGCUCAAGAGGAAACAUAGUUAGAUUCAUCUUAGGCCACAGACAUUCAAAAGGCUUAAGAGUGUCCAAUAACAUUUGAGAAACUGCAUUAGCCUGUGAGAGAGUUCCCAUGAUUAAAUCUUUCUUACCUUGCGCGACAACCAUUAAGCCAUGGGCUCUAUUCCAAAACACUUAAGCCAUGGGCUUCUAUUCCAAAACACAUUAAGCCAUGUGCUCUAUUCCAAACACCAUUAAGCCAUGGGCUCUAUUCCAAAACACAUUAAGCAUGGGCUCUAUCCCAAACACAUUAGCCAUGGCUCUAUUCCAAAACACUAGCAUGGCUCUAUUCCAACACAUUAAGCCAUGGGCGCUAUUCCAAACACUUAACCGUGGUCUUGCUAUUCCAAACACAUUAAGCCCAUGGUCUCUAUUCCAAAACCAUUAGCCAUGGGCUCUUUCCAAAACACUUUAGGCAUGGGCUCUAUUCCAAACCAUUAGCCAUGGGCGCUCUAUUCCCCAACACAAUAAGCCAUGGGCUCUAUCCAAACACAUAAGCCAUGGCCUCUAUUCCAAAACACUUAAGGCCAUGGGCUCUAUUCCAAACACAUUAAGCCAUGGGCUCUAUUCCAAAACACAUUAAGCCCUGGGCUCUAUUCCAAACACUUAACCAUGGGCUCUAUUCCAAAAACAUUACGCCCAUGGGCUCUAUUCCAAACACAUUAACCAUGGGCCUCUAUCCAAAACACAUUAGCCUGGGCUCUAUUCCAACACACAUAAGCCAUGGUCUCUUUCCAACCCAUUAAGCCAUGGGGCUCUAUUCCAAAACACAUUAAGCCCAGGUCUCUAUUCCAAAACACAUUAGCCAUGGGCUCUAUUCCAAACACAGUAAGCCAUGGGCCUCUAUUCCAAAACAAAUUAAGCCAUGGGCUCUAUUCCAACACAUUAAGCCCUUGGCUCUAUCCAAACACUUAAGCUCAUGGCUCUAUUCCAAACACAAUUAGCCAUGGGCUCUAGUCCAAAACACUUAAGCCAUGGGCUCUAUUCCAAAACACAUUAAGCCAUGGGCUCUAUUCCAAAACACUUAAGCAUGGGCUCCUAUUCCAAAACACAUUAAGCCAUGGGCUCUAUUCCAAACCUUUAAGCAUGGUCUCUACAUUCCAAAACCCAUUAAGCCUGGGCUCUAUUCCAAACACAUUACCAUGGCUUCUAUUCCCAAAACCCAUUAAGCAUGGGCUCUAUUCCAAACACAUUAAGUCAUGGGCUCUAUUCCAAAACACAUUAGCCAUGGGCUCUAUUCAAAACACCUUAAGCCAUGGGCUCUAUUCCAAACACAUUAAGCCAUGGGCUCUAUUCCAAAACACAUUAAGCCAUGGCUCUAGUCCAAACACAUUAAGCCAUGGGCUCUAUUCCAAACACAUUAAGCCUGGGCUCUAUUCCAAAACACAUUGCCAUGGGCUCCUAUUCCAACACUUAAGCCAUGGCUCUAUUCCAAAACACAUUAAGCCAUGGCUCUAUUCCAAAACACAUUAAGCCAUGGGCCUCUAUUCCAAAACACAUUAAGCCAUGGGCUCUAUUCCAAAACACUUAAAGCCCUGUUCUCUAUUCCAAAACACAUUAAGCCAUGGGGCUUCUAUGCCAAAAACACAUUAAGCCAGGGCCUAUUCCAAACACGUUAAGCCAUUGUCCUCCUAUUCCAAAACAACAUUAACCAUGGGCUCUAUUCCAAAACACUAACCAUGGGCUCUAUUCCAAACACAUUAAGCCAUGGCUCUAUCCAAAACACAUUAAGCCAUGGGCCUCUAUUCCAAAACACAUUAAGCCAUGGGCUCUAUUCCAAACACAUUAAGCCAUUGCUCUAUUCCAAAACACAUUAAGCAUGGCUCUAUUCCAAAACCAUUAAGCCAUGGGCUCGAUUCCAAAACACCUUAAGCCAUGGGCCUAUUCCAAAAUAUAUUUUUUAUAAUAUUGCCGCUAUUCCAUGUGUUAGCAUUGUGAUCACUGAAGGACCCCUAAGAGUUCCUUCAGUGUGUCAACGUGCUAGGGGCUCAAGCUUCCAACUGGACGCCACUACUGGGAGGUAGAUUAGAGUGUGUUUGUGUGUGUGUGUGUGUGUGUGUGUGGUGUGUUGUGUGGUGUGUGUGUGUGUGUGUGUGUGUGGUGUUGUGUGUGUGUUUGUUUUGUGUGUGUUUGUUGUGUGUGUGUGUUGUGGUGUGUGUGUACACUAUAUAAGUGCUACUAAUGUUCCUGUAUGUAAAGUACCUUCUUCCAAGCCUUCUCCUGUGUUUCUGUAGUUAGACCGCUGAUGUACAGGACACCCCCUGACAGGACACUAGUCUAUCUCCUGUUCUGUUUAGGAGACAGCUGAUGUAAAACAUACCCCCCGGACAGGACACUAGUCUAUCCUCCUGGUCUGUAUUUGGGGUGUGUUGUAGGCAGCUUGAUGUACAGGACACCCCCUGGAACUGACACUGUCUAUCUCCUGUUUCUUAGUGAGACAGCUUUGUGUACAGGAGACCCCCUGACAGGACCCUAGUCUAAUCUCCUGUUUCUGUAGUGAGAACAGCUGAGUACAGGACACCCCCUGGCCAGACACUAGUCUUCUCCUGUUUUCUGUAGUGAUACGCUUGAUUACAGUACACCCCCUGGACCGGACACUAUUCUAUCUCCUGUUUUCUGGAGUGAGAGAGCUUGAGUACAGGAACACCCCCUGGACAGGACACUAGUCUAUCUCCUUUUCUGUAUUGGGGGGUUUUGUUUUUUGGGGGGGUGGACAGCUUGAUGUACAGGACACCCCCUGGAACGAGGACCUCGUCGAUCUCCUGUUUCUUAGUGAGGGCACUUGAUGUACGGACACCCCCUGGACGGACACUAGUCUUCUCCUGUUUCUGUAGUGAGACAUCUUGAGGUACAGUACACCCCCUGGACCCGGACACUAGUCUAUCUCCUGUUUCCUGUAGUGAGGCAGCUUGAUGUACAGGACACCCCGGACAGGAUCACUAGUCUAUCUCCUGGUUUCUGUAGUGAUACCGCUGAUGAACAUGACACCCCCUGGACAGGACACUAGUCGGUCUCCUGUUCUGUAGUGAGACAGCUUGAUGUCAGGACACCCCCUUGACAGGACACUAGCUGCUCCUGUUUUUCGUAGUGAGACAGCUUGAUGUACAGACAACCCCCUGGACAGGAACUAUCGAUCGCCUGUUUCUGUGUGAGACAGCUUGUGUAUAAGAAAACAGGGACCCCCCUGGACAGACACUAGUCAUCUCCCUGUUUCUUGUAGUGGGAGACAGCUGAUGUAGCAGUACACCCCCUGGAACAGACACUAGUCUAUCUCCUGUUUCCUGUAGUGAGGCAGCCUGAUGUACAUACACCCCUGGACAGAACACUGUCAUCUCCUGUUUCUUAGUGAGAACGCUUGUGUACAGGACACUAGCCUAUCGCUGUUCUGUAGUGGCAGCUUAUGUACAGACACCCCUGGACAGGACCUAGUCUAUCUCCUUUUCUGUAGUGAGACAGCUUGAUGUACGUAAACCCCCUGGACAGACACUAGUCUAUCUCCUGUUUCUGUAGUGAGCAGCUUGAUGUACAGUAGCACCCCCUGGACAGGACUAGUCUAUCUCUGUUUCUGUAAGUGAGACAGCUUGCUAUGUACAGACACUAGCCUAUCGCCGUUUUCCUGUGUGGGGCAGCUUGAAGUCAGGACACCCCCUGGAACGGACACUAGUCCUAUCUCCUGUUUUCUGUAUUGAGACAGCUUGAUGUACAGGACACCCCCUGGACAGACACUAGCUAUCUCCCCUGUUUCUGUAUGGGGCAACUUGAUGUACAGUACACCCCUGGACAGGACACUAGUCUUUCUCCGUUUUCUGUAGGGAGACAGCUUGAUGUACAGGACACACCCUGGACAGGCCCUAGUCAUCUCCUGUUUCUGUAGUGUACACUUGAUGUACGGACACUAGCCUAUCUCCUGUUUCUGUAGUGGGCACUUGAUGUACAGACACCCCCUGGACAGGACACUAGUCUAUCUCCUGUUUCUGUAGGAGACAGCUUUGAUGUACAGGCACACCCUGGAGACACUAGUCUAUCUCCUGUUUUCUGUAGUGAGGCAGCUUAUGUAGCAGAACACCCCUGGACAGGACACUAUCUAUAUUCCUGUUUUCUGUACUGAGACAGCUUGAUGUACAGUCCACCCCGGGAAGGACACAUCUAUCUCCUGUUUCUGUAGUGAGCACAGCUUGAUGUUAGCAGGACACCCCCUGGACCAGACCCAGUCUAUCUCCUGUUUCUGUAGUGAGACAGCUUGAUGUACAGGACACCCCCUGGACUGCACUAUCUAUCUCCUGUUUGCUGGUAGUGAGAAGCCUACUUACAGGACACCCCCCGGGACGACAACUGUCUAUCUCCUGUUUCUGUAGUGAGACAGCUUGUGUACCGGACACCCCCUGGACAGACACUAGUUCUAUCUCCUGUUUCUGUAUGAGACAGUUGAUGUACAGGACACCCCUGGACAGGACACUAGUCUAUCUCCUGUUUCUUGUAGUGAGACAGCUUGAUGUACAGGACACCCCCUGGACAUGACCUAUUCUAAUCUCCUGUUUCUGUAGUACGGCAGCUUGAUUUACAAGGACACCCCCUGGACAGGACACUAGUUAUCUCCUGUUUCUGUAGUGAGGACCACUGAUGUACAGUACACCCACUGGACGGACACUAGUCUAAUCUCUGUUUUCGGUAGGAAGGCGCUUGAUGUAAGACACCCCCUGGACAGGACACUAGUCUAUCUCCUGUUCCUGUUGGACAGCUUUGAUGUACAUACACCCGGACCGGACACCUAGUCUAUCUCCUGUUUUCUGUAGUGAGCCAGCUUGAUGUACAGAACCCCCCUGGACAGGACACUAGUCUAUCCCUGUUUCUUGUAUGAGACAGCUGGAUGUACAGGACACCCCCUGUACAGUACACUAGUCUUCUCCUGUUUCUGUAUGAGAACAGCGUGAUGUACAGACACCCCCUGGACAGUAACACUAAGUCUAUCUCCUGUUUUCUGUAGGAGACAGCUUGAUGUACAACAUCCCCCUGGACAGGACACUCGGCUAUCUCCUGUUUCUGUAUGAGGCAGCUUGAUGUACAGGACACCCCUGGACAGGACACUAGUCUAUCUCCUGUUUCGGUAGUGAAGACAGCGUGAUGUACAUGCACCCCCUGGACAGGACCUAGUCUAUCUCUCUGUUUCUGUAGUGAGGCCAGCCUUGAUGUACAGGACACCCCAUGGCAGGACACUAUUCUAUCUCCUGUUUCUGUAGUGAAGACAGCUGUGAUGUACAGUACAACCCCCGGACAGGACACUAGUCUAUCUCCUGUUUCUGUAGUGAGGCAGCUUGAUGUACAGGACACCCCCUGGACAGGACACUAGUCCUAUCUCCUUUUCUAUCGUGAGACAGCUGGGAUGUACAGGACCCCCCCUGGACAGAAACACUAGUCUAUCUACUGUUUCUGUAGUGAGACAGCGUUGUUACAGUACCCCCCCUGGACGGAACUAGUCUAUCUCCCCUGUUUUCUGUAUGGAGACCGCUGAAUGUCAGUACACCCCCUGGACAGGACCCCUAGUCUCUCUCCUGUUUCCUGUAGUGAGGCACUUGAUGUACAGUACCACCCCCUGGACAGGACACUAGUCUAGUCUCCUGUUUUUCUGUGUGAGACAGCUUGAUGUUACAGGACACUAGCCUAUCUCCUGUUGCGGUAGUGGGGCAGCUUGAUGUUCAGGACACCCCCUGGACAGGACACUAGUCUAUCUCCUGUUUCUGUAGGGAGACAGCUUGAUGUACAUUACACCCCCUGGACAGGACAACAGUCUAUCUCCUGUUUUCUGUAUGAGGCAGCCUUGAUGUACAGUACACCCCCCCGCCCCCCCCCCCCCCCCCAAAAAAGAAAAGAAGAAAAAGAAAUGGUUUGGACAGGACAUAGUCUAUCUCCUGUUUCUGUAGUGAGACAGCUUGAAUGUACAGGACAUCUAGCCUAUCUCCCUGUUUCGUAGUGGGGCAGCUUGAUGUACAGGACACCCCCUGGACAGUACACUGUCCAUCUCCUGUUUCUGUAGUGAGACAAGCUUGAUGGUACAGGACACCCCCUUGACGGAACUAUCCUAUCUCCUGUUCUGUAGUGGGCAAGCUUGAUGUACAUUACACCCCCGGACAGGACACUAGUCUAUCUCCCUGUUUCUGUAGUGAGACAGCUUGAUGUACGGCCACCCCCGGACAGGACCUAGUCUAUCUCCUGUUUUCUGUAGUAGACAGCUGAUGUACAGGACACCUAGCCUAUCUCCUGUUUCUGUAGUGGGCAGCUUGAUGUACAUGAAACCCCCCUGGACAGGACACUAGUCUAUCUCCUGUUUCUGUAGUGAGACGCUUGAUGUCUGGCACCCCCUGGACAGGACAAAAAAACCUAGUCUAUCUCCUGUUUCGUAGUGAGGCAGCUUUAUGUACAGGACACCCCUGGACAGGACACUAGUCAUCUCCUGUUUCUGUUACUGAGACAGCCUUGAUGUUAAGGAACACCCCCUGGCCGGAUACUAUUCUAUUCUCCUGUUUCUGUAGUGAAACAGCUUGAUGUACAGGACACCCCCUGGACAGACACUAGUCUAUCCCUGUUCUGUGUGAGACAGCUUGAUGUACAGGACACCCCCUGGACAGACCCUAGUCUAUCUCCUGUUUCUUGUAUGUGGAGACGCCUGAUUACAGGACACCCCCUGGACAGACACAGUCUAGCCCUCCUGUUGUCUGUAUUGAGACCGCUUGAUGUACAGGACACCCCCGGACAGGACACUAGUCUAUCUCCUGUUUUCUUGUAGUGAGACGCUUGAUUAUCGGACACCCCCUGACGACACUAGUCUAUCACCUGGUUUUCUGUAGUGCGACAGCUUGUGUAACAGGACACCCCUGGACGGACUCUAGUCUAUCUUCCUGUUUCUGUAGUAAGGCAGCUUGAUGUACAGACACCCCCCGGACAGGACACUAGUCUCUCCGUUUCUGUAAAAAGUGGACAGCUUGAUGUACAGUAACACCCCCUGGACAGACACUAGUCUAUCCCUGUUUCUGUAGUGAGGCAUCUGAUGUUACGACCAUCCUGGACAGGACACUAGUCUUCUCCUGUUUCUGUGUGAGGCAGCUUGAUGUAAGGACACCCGCCUGGACGGACACAGUCAUCUCCUGUUUCUGUAUGAGACAGCUUGAUGUAGAGAAAAGACAGUAACCCCCUUGACGGACACUAGUCCAUCUCCUGUUUCUGUAGUAGGCAGCUUGAUGUACAGGACACCCCAUGGACAGGACACAGUCUAUCUCCUGUUUCUGAGUGAGCAGCUUGAUGUACAGUACACCCCAGAGCUGGACAGGACACUAGUCUAUUCCUGUUUCUGUAGUGAGACAGCUUGAUUUCAGGACACCCCCUGGACAGGACACUAUUCCUAUCUCCUGUUUCUGUAGUGAGACGCUUGAUGUACAGGAACCCCCCUGGACAGGAACACUAGUCUAUCUCCUGUUUCUGUAUUGAGACAGCUGAUGUAGCAGGACACCCCUGGCAGGACACUAGUCUAUCUCCUUUUUCUGUGGAGACAGCUGGAUGUACAGGACACCCUGGACAGACACUAGUCUAUCCCUGUUUCUGUAGUGAGACAGCUUGACUGUACAGUACACCCCUGGGACAGGACACUAGUCCUAUCUCCUGUUUCUGUAGUGAGGCAGCUUGAUGUACAGGACACCCCCCUGGACAGACACUAGUCUAUUCCUGUCUGUAGUGAGACCGCUUGAUGUACAGUACACCCCUUGACAGGACACUAUCUAUCUCCUGUUUCUGUUGAUGCAACUUGAUGUUAGCAGGACAACCCCCUGGAACAGGACACUAGUCUAUCUCCUGUUUCUGUAGUGAGACAGCUUGAUGUACAGUACACCCCCUGGACAGGAACACUAGUCUAUCUCCUGUUUUCUGUAGUGAGACACUUGAUGUACUAGGACACCCCCUGGACAGAACUAGUCCUAUCUCCUGUUUCUGUAUUGAGACAGCUUGAUGUUUACAGGACACCCCUGUACAGACACUAGUCCUAUCUCCUGUUUCCUAUAGUGAACAGCUGGAGUACAGGACACCCCCUGGACAGGACACUAUUCUAUCUCCUGUUUCUGUAGUGCGACGCUUGAUGUACAUUACACCCCCUGGACAGUACCCUAGUCUUAUCGCCUUGUUUCUGUAGUAGACACUUGAUGGACUACACCCCCUGGACCGGAACACUAGUCUAUCUCCUGUUUCUGUAGUGAGGCAGCUGUGAUGUACAGUACACCCCCGGACAGGACACUAGUCUAUCUCCUGUUCUGUAGUGAGACAGCUUUGAAUGUACAGGACACUAUCCUAUCUCCUGUUUCUGUAGUGGGGCAGCUUGAUGUACAGGACACCCCUGGACAUGACACUAGUCUAUCUCCUGUUUUCUGUAGUGAGACAUCUUGAUGUACAGUACACCCCCUGGACAGGACACUAGUCUAUCUCGCUGUUUCCUGUAGUGAGGCGCUUGAUGUUAAGUACCCCCCCUGACAGGACCUCAGUCUUCUCCUGUUUUGUAGUUAGACAUCUUGAUGUACAGGACACUAGCCUAUCUCCGGUUCUGUGUGGGGCAGCUUGAUGUACAGGACACCCCGGACAGACACUAGCUAUCUCCUGUUCUGUAUGAGACAGCUUGAUGUACAGGACUCCCCCCCCUGGACAGACACUAUCCUAUCUCCUGUUUCUGUAGUGGGCCUUGAUGUACAUACACCCCCUGGACGACACUAGUCUAUCGCCUGUUCUGUAGUGAGACAGCUUGAUUUACAGGACACCCCCUGGACAGGACACUAGUCUAUACUCCUGUUUUCUGGAGUGAGACAGUUUCUUGAUUUUACAGGACACACUAGCCUAUCUCCUGUUUCUGUAUGGGUCAGCUUAAUGUACGGACACCCCCUGGACAGGACACUAGUCUAUCUCCUGUUUCGUGGAGACAGCUUGAUGUACAGGACCACCCCCUGGACCGACACUAUUCUAGCUUCCUGUUCGUAGUAGGCAGCUUAGACGAGGACACCCCCUGCCAGGACACUAGUCGAUCUCCUGUUUCUGUAGUGAGACAGCUUGAUGUAAUACCCCCCUGGACAGGACACUAGUCUAUCUCCUGUUUCCUGUUAGUGAGACAGCUUGAUGUACAGGAAACCCCUGGACAGGAACACUAGUCUAUCUCCUGUUUCUGUAGUUAGACAGCUUGAUGUACAGGACCCCCCCUGGACAGGACAAUAUCUCUCCUGUUUCUGUAGUGAGCCAGCUUGUGUACAUGACACAAACAGACCAUAAUCACCACUAUCUAUCUCUGUUUCUGUAGUUCGACAGCUGGAUGUACAGGACACUCCCUGGACAGGACACUAGUCUAUCUCCUGUUUCUGUAUUGAGACAGCUUAUUACAGUACACCCCCUGGACAGGACACAGUCUAUUCUCCUGUUUCUGUAGUGAGGCAGCCUUGAUGUACAGGACACCCCCCUUGGGAAAACACCAGGACACUAGUCCUAUCUCCUGUUCUGUAGUGAGACGCUGAUGUACAAGUACACCCCCUGGACAGGACACCUAUCCUAUCAAAAAAUCCGGUUUCUGUAGUAAGAUAGGGGCAGCUUUGAUUUACAUGACCCCUGGACAGGACACUAUUCUAUCUCCUGUUUCUGUAUGGGCAGCUUGAUGUACAGACACCCCCUGGACAGACCCUAGUCAGCUCCUGUUUUCGUGUAGUGAGACAGCUUGAUUAUCAGGACACCCCCUGGACAGGACACUCGUCUAUCUCCUGUUUUCUGUAUGAGACAGCUUGAUGUAUCAGACACCCCCUGGCCGGAACCGAGGCCUAUCUCCUGUUUCUGUUAAGUUGAGGCAGCUUGAGUACAGACACCCCUGACAGGACACUAGUCUCUCUCCUGUUUCUGUAGUGAGCGCUUGAUGUCCAGGACACCCCCUUGACAGGACACUAGUCCUAUUCCUGUUUCCGUAGUGAGGCAGCUUGAUGUACAGGACACCCCCUGGACGGAACCACUAGUCCCUAUCCUUUUUUCUGUAGUGGACCGCUUGAUACAGUACACCCCCUGGCCAGGACAUAGUCUAUCUCCUGUUUCUGUAGUGAGACAAAAGCUUGAUGUACAGGACACCCCCUGGACAGGACACUAGUCCUAUCUCCUGUUUCUGUAGUGCGACAGCUUGAUUACAGGACAACCCCCUGGACAGGACAUAGUCUAUCCCGGUUUCUGUAGUGACGACAGCUUGAUGUACCGGACACCCCCUGGAACAGGACACUAGUCUAUCUCCUGUUUCUGUAGUGGAGCAGCUUGAUGUACAGGACACCCCCUGGACAGGACACUAAGUCCUAUCUCCGUUUCUGUAGUGAGGCAGCUUGAUGUACAUGACCCCCUGGACAGGACACUAGUCCACUCCUUUUCUGUAGUGAGCAGCUUGAUUACAGACCCCCCUGACAGGACACUAGUCUAUCUCCUGUUUCUGUAAGUGAGACAGCUUGAUGUACAGGAACCCCCCUGGACAUGACACAGUCUAUCUCCUGUUUCUUUAUGAGACAGCUUUGAUGUCCAGGACACUAGUCUAUCUCCUGUUUUUCUGUAGUUAGACAGCUUGAUGUACAGUACACCCCCUGGAACAGGACCCUAGUCUACUCCUGUUUUCUGUAAGUGAGACAGCUUGAUGUACAGGACACCCCCUUACAGACACUAGUCCUAUCUCCUGUUUCUGUAAGUUAGACAGCUUGAUGUAAAGCAGGACACCCCCUGGACAGGACCUAGUCUAUCCUCCGUUUCUGUAUUGAACAGCUUGAUGUACAGGACACCCCUUGACAGGACUAGUCCUAUCUCCUGUUUUCUGUAGUGAGACAGCUGGAUUGUACAGUACACCCCCUGGACGACACUAAGUCUUCGCCUGUUUUCUGUAGUGAGACGCUGGAGUCCGGGACACCCCCUGGACAUGAACACUCGUCUAUCUCCUGUUUCUGUAGUGAGACAGCUGGAAUGGUACAGGACACCCCCUGGACAGGACACUAGUCUGUCUCCUGUUUCUGUAGUGAGGCCUUGAUGUACAGUACACCCCCUGGACAGGACACUAAGUCUAGCUCCUUUUUCUGUAAUGAGACGCUGAUGUACAGGACCACCCCUGUACAGGACACUAGUCUAUCUCCGGUUUCUGUAGUGAGACAAGCUGGAUGUACAGACACCCCCUGGAAGACACUAUCUUCUCCUUUGCUGUAGGAGACAGCUUUAUGUACAGUAAACACCACCCUGGACAGGACCUAGUCGUAAUCUCCUGUUUCUUUAGUGAGGCAGCUUGAUGUCAGGACACCCCGGACCGGACACAGUCCUAUCUCCUGUUUCUGUAGUGAGACAGCUUGAUGUACAAGGAAGGACACCCCCUGGACAGGACACUAGUCUAUCUCCUGUUUUCUGUAGUGCGACAGAUGGAUGUACAUAAAACACCCCCUGGACGGACACAGUCCUAUCGCCUGUUUUCUGUCGUUAGACAGCUUGAUGUACAGGACACCCCCCAGGACAGGAACACUAGUCUAUCUCCUGUUUCUGUAGUGAACCUUGUGUACAUGGACACCCCCUGGAAGGACACUAUCGAUCUCCUUUUCUGUAGUGAGACACUUGAAUGUACAGGACACCCCUGGACAGGAACACUAGUCUAUCUCCUGUUUCUGUAUGAACAGCUUGAUGUACAGGGAACCCAUGGAGGACCUAGUUCUAUCUCCUGUUUCUUUAUUGAACACUUGGAUGUAUCAGGAACACCCCCUGGACCUGACUCUAGUAUUCGCCUGUUUCUGUAGGGAGACAGCUGGAUUACAGUACCCCCCUGGACAGGACACCUAGUCUAUCUCCUGUUUCUGUAGUGAGACGCUGGAUGUUAGCCAGACACCCCCUGGACAUGACACUAGUCCUAUCUCCUGUUUUCUGUAUUGAGACAGCUUGAUGUACAUACACCCCCUGGAAGGACCUAGUCUGUCUCCUGUUUCUGUAUCGGCAGCUUGAUGUACAUACACCCCCUGACAGGACCUAGUCUAUCUCCUGUUUCUGUGUGUAACGCUUGAUGUACAGGACACCCCCUUGACAGACACUAGUCUUCUCCUUUUUCUGUAGUGAGACAGCUGGAUGUACAGACACCCUGGACAGACACUAGUCUAUCUCCUUUUUCUGAGUGAGCAGCUUGAUGUACAGUCCACCCCCUGGAAUACACUAGUCUAUCUCCUGUUCUGUAGUGGGCACUUGAUGUACAGGACCCCGCCCUUGACAGACACUAGUCUAAUCUCCUGUUUCUGUAGUGAGACAGCUUUGAUGUACAGGACACCUCCCCUGGACCAGGGAACUAGUCCUAUCUCCUGUUUCUGUAGGAGACAGCUUGAUGUACAGUACACCCCCUGGACAGGACCACUAGGUCUUCUCCUGUUUCUUGUAGUGAGACAGCUUGAUGUAUCAGGACACCCACUGGACGACCUAUCUAUCUCCUUUUUCUGUCUGAGACAGCUUGAUGUACAGGACACCCCCUGGACAGGACACUAGUCCUAUCUUCUGUUUCUUAGUGAGACGCUGGAGUGUACGUAACAACCCCUGGACAGGACACUAGUCUAUUCCUGUUUCUGUGUUGAGACAGCUGUGUAAGCCGGACACCCCCUGGACAGGAACACUAGUUCUAUCUCCUGUUCUGUAGUGAGACAGCUGAUGUACAGGACACCCCCUGGACAGGCAUAGUCUGUCCUCUGUUUUUCUGUAAGUGCGGCAGCUUGAUGUAUCAGUACACCCCUGGACAGGACCUAGUCUUCUCCUGUUUCUGUAGUGAGACACUUGAUGUAACAGGACACCCCCUGGACAGGACACUAGUCUAUCUCCUGGUUUCUGUAGUGAGACAGCUUGAUGAACAGGACACCCCCUGGACAGGACAACUAGUCUAUCUCCUGUUUCUGUAGUGAGACAGCUUGAUGUACAGGACACCCCCUGGACCAGGACACUAGUCUAUCUUCUGUUUCUGUAGUGAGACAGCUUGAUGUACAGUACACCCCCUGGACAGGACACUAGUCUAUCUCCUGUUUCUGUAGUGAGACAGGCUUGAUAGUACAGACACCCCUGACAGGACACUAGUCUAUCUCCUGUUUCUGUAGUGAGACAGCUUGAUGUACAGGACACCCCCCUGGACAGACACUAUCUAUCUCCUGUUUCUGUAGUGAGACAGCUUGAUGUACAGUACACCCCCUGGACAGGGACACUAGUCUAUCUCCUGUUUUCUGUAGUGAGAACAGCUUGAGUACAGGACACCCACCUGGACAGGGACAUAGUCUAUCUCCUGUUUCUGUAGUGAGACAGCUUUGAUGUACAGUACACCCCCUGGACCAUGGGACCACUCGGUCUUAUCGCCUGUUUCUUUCGUGAGGGACACUUGAUGUACAGGAACCCCCCUGGACAGGACACUAGUCUAUUCUCCUGUUUCGUAAGGGAGCAGCUGUGUAACAGUACACCCCCUGGACCGACCACUAGUCUAAUCUCCUGUUUCGUUAGUGAGACACUUAUGUACAGGACACCCCCUGGACAGGACACUAGUCCUAAUCUCCUGUUUUCUGUAGUGAGACAACUUUGCCUGUACCGGACACCCCCUGGACAGGGAACACUAUCUAUCCCUGUUUUCUGUAGUGAGACGCUUGAUGUCCAUUACACCCCUGGACAGGCCACUCGUCUAUCUCCUGUUUGCUGUAGUGAGACGCUUGAUGUACAGUACACCCCCUGGAACAUGACCUAGUCUAUCUCCUUUUCUGUAGUAGACAGCUUGCUGACAGUACACCCCUGGACGGACACUAGUCUAUCUCCUGUUUCUGUAUGAGACAGCUUGAUGUACAGGACACCCCCUGGACAGGAACACUAGUCUAUCUCCGUUUCUUGUAUGAGACAGCUUGAAUGUACAUUACACCCCCUGGACAGACACCUAGUCCUAUCUCCUGUUUCUGUGUGAGACAGCUUGAUGACAAAGUACCCCCCUGGACAGGACACUAGUCCUAUCUCCUUUUCUGAGUGAGACCAGCUUGAUGUACAGUACAACCCCCUGGACAGGACACAGUCUACGCUGUUUUCUGUAGUGGGGCAGCUUGAUGUACAGGACAACCCCCUGGACAGGACACUAGUCUAUCCCUGUUUCUGUAGUGAGACAUCUUGAUGUACAGACAGCCCCUGGACAGACACUAGUCAUCUCCCUGUUUUCUGUAGUGAGACAACUUGCUGUAACAGGACCCCCCCUGACAGGACCUAUCUAUCUCCUGUUUUCUGUAGUGAGGUCAGCUUGAUGUACAGGACACUAGUCCUAUCUCCUGUUUCUGUAUUGAAACAGCUGGAUGUACAAGGACACCCCCUGGACAGGACACAGUCUAUCUCUGUUUCUGGUGAGAAACUUGCUGGUACAGGACGACACCCCUGGACAGGAACACUAGUCUAUCUCCCUGUUUCUGUAGUGAGGACAACCUUGCUGUACAGGACUACCCCUUGGACAUGGACACUAGUCCGAUCUCCUGUUUGCUGUAGUGAGGAGACAGGAUGGAGGUACAGGUACACCACCCUGGGACAGGACACUAGUCUGUGUCUCCUGUUUCGGUAGUGAGACCAGCUUGAUUGACCAGUACACCCCCCCCCCUGGACAGGGACACUAGUCUAUCUCCUGUUUUCUUGUAGUGAGACAGCUUGAUGUACCAGUACACCCCCUGGACAGGACACUUGUCAUACUCCUGUUUUCUGGUAGUGAGACCGCUGGAGUACAGGACACCCCCUGGACAGGAUCACUAGUCUAUCUCCUGUGGUUUCUGGAUAGUGAGAACAGAUGGCUUGUACAGGACCACCCCCUGGACAUGGACACUUAGGUCCUUAUCGCCUGUUUUGUUCUGGAGUGAGACAGAUGGAUGUACAGGACACCCCCUGGACAGGACACUAGUCUAUCUCCUGUGUCUGUAGUGAGGACAGCUUGAUGUACCAGUACACCCCCUGGCGGACGGGACAUAGUCUAUCUCCUGUUUCUGUAUGAGACAGAUGGAUGUACAGGACACCCCCUGGACAGGACACUAGUCUAUCUCCUGUUUCUGUAGUGAGACAGAUGGAUGUACAGGACACUAGUCUAUCAGUGUUUGUUCUAGAACAGGGUUAUUGUAUUGUGGCAUUUAUUUAAUGUUAUCUAUCCCUCCCUCUAGGUAGGAGUGGGCAGCAAGGCCAAGUGGGACCUGGGUGUGGCGUCGGAGGGGGUUGACCGUCAGGCCCGGGUCAAGCUGAGUCCAGAGAGCGGUUACUGGACCCUACGACUGAGAGAGGGAGACCAGUACUCAGCAGGCACACAGCCCUGGACACGGCUCCAGGUGGGAUCCUCUGCAGUAGUGAUGCUUCAGGGUUUAUUGAAACUCAAGUGUAGACUCUUCUUCGGCUGUCCCCACGGGAGAACCCUUCGAAGAACCCUUUUUGGUUCCAUGUAGAACCCCUUCCACUAAAGGUUCUACAUGGAACCCAAAAGGGUUCUACAUGGAACCCAAAAGGGUUCUACAUGGAACCCAAACGGGUUCUAUAUGGAACCCAAAAGGGUUCUUCAAAGGGUUCUCCCGUGGGGACAGCCAAGAAGCGUUUUGGAACCUUUUUUUUCUAAGCGUGUAUGUGAGACCCGUAGAGUAUUGGAACGGAAGUGGCUCUUUAAAACACAUUGAUCCAGUACUGCUUCACCCUGAUAUCAUCUUGUUGUCUCUCUCUCCCCUCCAUCUUGUGUCCUGCAGGUUGGGUGGUCUCCCCAGAGGAUAGGGGUGUUCCUGGACUGUGAUGAGAGGAGAGUGUCCUUCUAUAACGCUGAUGACAUGAGUCUCCUGUACUCCUUUAGCAACGGCCCCAGAGGCAGAGUGCUGCCGUUCUUUAGCCCCUGUGUCAGCGAUGCUAACCAGAAACCACAGCCCAUCCAGCUGCUACACCAUCCUCCUGUUGACCAGUUAGGACAGGUGUAUCGAUGACUACGGUCAGAAACCACAGCCCAUAAUGCUCCUACACGCUCCCCCUGGUCCUGACUGGUGUCUUUGAGAUGGGGUUUCUCCUGAUCCUUGGCUCUUGAUUUGCCAGUUGAUGUAAUGUUUGCCCAAAGCGUGUGCUGUUUGAGCUUCCCAAGUCUAAAUCACCAAAGCGCUCCGUAUCGCUUAAUUUCAUUCCAAUGGAACAGUUGCCAUGGUACAUUUAUCAUCACCUUGACCCUCUCUAUCAGCAUGCAGCACAAAGUGGUCUCAUUUAUAAAGGUGCAAUAGACCUGUUGGAAUAAAUGCUGCUUUAAGUGCCAGCCGUAUGCCUGUCUCUCUCGUUUGACAAAAUGGGACCUGUUGUCCAUUAGUGGAUGUUUCCUCCUGUGUUUAGGGGUCACUGUAGAUAUUGAUAAAUCACUUGGUGCCAUAAUUAAACUGCACCUUUAAAUCACUCUGCUUUCUCAUUAGGGCUUUUGCUUAUGUUAUGCCUUGUCACGGUUUGUGCAAUCUCUUUUUUGUUUUCUUCUGUUCAAUAUAGCUUUCAAAAAAGUAUUACUUUUAAUUAUUCAAGGGGUACAGUGAGCAGAGCGACAGUAGAGAUCAGACCUCCAGGCUGCUACUAGGGGGUAGAGAUCAGACCUCCAGGCUGCUGCUAGGGGGUAGAGAUCAGACCUCCAGGCUGCUGCUAGGGGGUAGAGAUCAGACCUCCAGGCUGCUGCUAGGGGGUAGAGAUCAGACCUCCAGGCUGCUGCUAGGGGGUAGAGAUCAGACCUCCAGGCUGCUGCUAGGGGUUAGAGAUCAGACCUCCAGGCUGCUGCUAGGGGUUAGAGAUCAGACCUCCAGACUGCUGCUAGGGGGUAGAGAUCAGACCUCCAGGCUGCUGCUAGGGGGUAGAGAUCAGACCUCCAGGCUGCUGCUAGGGGGUAGAGAUCAGACCUCCAGGCUGCUGCUAGGGGGGUAGAGAUCAGACCUCCAGGCUGCUGCUAGGGGGUAGAGAUCAGACCUCCAGGCUGCUGCUAGGGGGUAGAGAUCAGACCUCCAGGCUGCUGCUAGGGGGUAGAGAUCAGACCUCCAGGCUGCUGCUAGGGGGUAGAGAUCAGACCUCCAGGCUGCUGCUAGGGUGGUAGAGAUCAGACCUCCAGGCUGCUGCUAGGGGGUAGAGAUCAGACCUCCAGGCUGCUGCUAGGGGGUAGAGAUCAGACCUCCAGGCUGCUGCUAGGGGGUAGAGAUCAGACCUCCAGGCUGCUGCUAGGGGGUAGAGAUCAGACCUCCAGGCUGCUGCUAGGGGGUAGAGAUCAGACCUCCAGGCUGCUGCUAGGAUGUAAUGAGGAUUCAUUACAAGGAAAUAGAUGGACAGAGGAUGUCAUGUGACAGGACACAUAUUAUCAUCACAGGAAAUAGAUGGACAGAGGAUGUCAUGUGACAGGACACAUAUUAUCAUCACAGGAAAUAGAUGGACAGAGGAUGUCUUGUGACAGGACGUCAUGUGACAGGACACAUAUUAUCAUCACAGGAAAUAGAUGGACAGAGGAUGUCUUGUGACAGGACGUCAUGUGACAGGACACAUAUUAUCAUCACAGGAAAUAGAUGGACAGAGGAUGUCUUGUGACAGGACGUCAUGUGACAGGACACAUAUUAUCAUCACAGGAAAUAGAUGGACAGAGGAUGUCUUGUGACAGGACGUCAUGUGACAGGACACAUUAUCAUCACAGGAAAUAGAUGGACAGAGGAUGUCUUGUGACAGGACGUCAUGUGACAGGACACAUAUUAUCAUCACAGGAAAUAGAUGGACAGAGGAUGUCUUGUGACAGGACGUCAUGUGACAGGACACAUAUUAUCAUCACAGGAAAUAGAUGGACAGAGGAUGUCUUGUGACAGGACGUCAUGUGACAGGACACACACUAUUCAUUUCAUUUUGAUUAGAACCUAAUCCACUGUACACCCUUACAUAUCCAGGUACUAACAUUAUGCUCUUUCUCCAAAUCUAGAAAUAUGAAUACUGGACAUUUACAUAUUACAAUCAAUCUGUACUCAUCAGAUUAAAUGAAGGACUGAUUUUAAUGUAAUCAGAAAAAGCCAAAUGUUUUUUGGAAGAUGUCAAUGAAAAUAAACAAACCAAAUCAAGUUGCCUUCUUUGACAAACACAGUUCUCAUGUAUGAUGUCGAUGGUCUUCAGCUCUCAGCAGUUCUGAUGUCGAUGGUCUUCAGCUCUCAGCAGUUCUGAUGUCGAUGGUCUUCAGCUCUCAGCAGUUCUGAUGUCGAUGGUCUUCAGCUCUCAGCAGUUCUGAUGUCGAUGGUCUUCAUCUCUCAGCAGUUCUGAUGUCGAUGGUCUUCAGCUCUCAGCAGUUCUGAUGUCGAUGGUCUUCAGCUCUCAGCAGUUCUGAUGUCGAUGGUCUUCAGCUCUCAGCUUUCUGAUUACCUGUUUUUGACUACUGCAACACAGAUUUUGUGUCUGAAAAUUACAGAUUGAGCCAAUGGCUUUUCAAUGGCAGUCAUCUGUUGACAAAUGAUGGACAGCGAUUGUCCAUAAAAAAAAACCAUGCACAAUAUGUCAACCUUUUUGUCGUAUGUAGCUCGUCCAAAAAUAGUGGAGUGGUGAUUAAACUUUUGACAGACAAAAACGGACAAUUGAUUAAUAAAUGAUGUGGGAUUUCCUCCCUGUUCAUGACUCUAUGGCCGUAGAUUUAGGAUUGAGGGAAAGUGAAGAGUUUACCUCAUCAAAGUAAAAACCAACACAUAAACAUAGUUGCAUUGUUGCAGAUGUUGACGAGAAUUUAGCUGUGACUAACUAGGCCAGGCCUGAGGGGUUGUAGUGGGGGUUAGCACUAGGCCAGGCCUGAGGGGUUGUAGUGGGGGUUAGCACUAGGCCAGGCCUGAGGGGUUGUAGUGGGGGUUAGCACAGCCAGGCCUGAGGGGUUGUAGUGGGGGUUAGCACUAGGCCAGGCCUGAGGGGUUUGUAGUGGGGGUUAGCACUAGGCCAGGCCUGAGGGGUUGUAGUGGGGGUUAGCACUAGGCCAGGCCUGAGGGGUUGUAGUGGGGGUUAGCACAGCCAGGCCUGAGGGGUUGUAGUGGGGGUUAGCACUAGGCCAGGCCUGAGGGGUUGUAGUGGGGGUUAGCACUAGGCCAGGCCUGAGGGGUUUGUAGUGGGGGUUAGCACAGCCAGGCCUGAGGGGUUGUAGUGGGGGUUAGCACAGCCAGGCCUGAGGGGUUGUAGUGGGGGUUAGCACAGCCAGGCCUGAGGGGUUGUAGUGGGGGUUAGCACUAGGCCAGGCCUGAGGGCUUGUAGUGGGGGUUAGCACAGCCAGGCCUGAGGGGUUGUAGUGGGGGUUAGCACUAGGCCAGGCCUGAGGGGUUGUAGUGGGGGUUAGCACUAGGCCAGGCCUGAGGGGUUGUAGUGGGGGUUAGCACAGCCAGGCCUGAGGGGUUGUAGUGGGGGUUAGCACUAGGCCAGGCCUGAGGGGUUGUAGUGGGGGUUAGCACAGCCAGGCCUGAGGGGUUGUAGUGGGGGUUAGCACUAGGCCAGGCCUGAGGGCUUGUAGUGGGGGUUAGCACAGUGCACCUGGGGAGGAAGUGUGUUGUAUCCCUGAAUAACAUCCCUGCCAUCCCCCUGUCAGUCACCCAGCGAGGAUGCACCUCAGUUAUCUCCUCUAACACACCGCUCAGCCACUUCCUGUUUCCUCUUGCAAGGGUCAGAGGUCACACAAACACACUGACAGGAGGGAGGGUUGGGGAUUAGGCCUUCAAGCUGGUUAACCCUGGGGGGGGACAUGGCUAGCAGGAUACCCAGCACAAAUACACUGACAGGAGGGAGGGUUGGGGAUCAGGCCUUCAGCCUUCUAGCUGGGUAACUAACCGGCCACAUCCAGAGCGACUUACAGUUAGUGAGUGCAUACAUUCUUUUUUAUUUUUCAUUUAUUUUUCAUACUGGCCCCCCGUGGGAAUCGAACCAAACGCCAUGCUCUACCAACUGAGCUACAUCCCUGCAGCAGAGUGACAGUAGAGAUCAGACCUCCAGGCUGCUGCUAGGGGGUAGAGAUCAGACCUCCAGGCUGCUGCUCGGGGGUAGAGAUCAGACCUCCGCUAGGGGGUAGAGAUCAGACCUCCAGGCUGCUGCUAGGGGGUAGAGAUCAGACCUCCAGGCUGCUGCUAGGGGGUAGAGAUCAGACCUCCAGGCUGCUGCUAGGGGGUAGAGAUCAGACCUCCAGGCUGCUGCUAGGGGGUAGAGAUCAGACCUCCAGGCUGCUGAUAGGGGGUAGAGAUCAGACCUCCAGGCUAGGGGGUAGAGAUCAGACCUCCAGGCUGCUGAUAGGGGGUAGAGAUCAGACCUCCAGGCUAGGGGGUAGAGAUCAGACCUCCAGGCCUCUGCUCGGGGGUAGAGAUCAGACCCCCAGGCUAGGGGGUAGAGAUCAGACCUCCAGACUGCUGCUAGGGGGUAGAGAUCAGACCUCCAGGCUGCUGCUAGGGGGUAGAGAUCAGACCUCCAGGCUGCUGCUAGGGGGUAGAGAUCAGACCUCCAGGCUGCUGCUAGGGGGUAGAGAUCAGACCUCCAGGCUGCUGCUAGGGGGUAGAGAUCAGACCUCCAGGCUGCUGCUAGGGGGUAGAGAUCAGACCUCCAGGCUGCUGCUAGGGGGUAGAGAUCAGACCUCCAGGCUGCUGCUAAGAUGUGAUGAGGAUUCAUUACAAGGAAAUAGAUGGACAGAGGAUGUCAUGUGACAGUACACAUAUUAUUAUUAUCGUCACAGCUUAUUCUAAUGACGAUGGCGACAUCAGUGACGGAAAUAACAACAUUGUUGACGACAAUACUACUCUUUGUUAUUAACACACCUUCCACGUCGGUCAUUAUUUUCCGUAGAACGCAAAGGCCCUCGUUGAUUAUCCCUCAUGUAAUUAGUACUAUAGUACUGUUUUAGCAGUAUUCAUGUUAGCAUGGUUAGUAUUGCCUGUCCCUCAUGUCUGAGUCUUCCCCUAAAAACUCAGACUUCAGAGUCACUCAAGAAUCCAAAGUAAAACCUAAAUAACAUGCAUUGUUGAAACCGAUGGACUACCAAAUGUUUUCCUUGUUGUUAGUGGUUGUUUAUUAAACAUGAAGGACGUUAUUAUAGUUAUCAGUGUGUUGGUUGAUGUGUGUGUUAGCCCUGUGGUGAGGUAUUACAGACGCAGACAGACAGACAGCAGCUAGAUGUAACCUCUGUCUGUUAGCCCUGGGUAACCCAAGGGUGUGUGUGUGUACCUCUGUCUGUUAGCCCUGGGAAACCCAAGGGUGUGUGUGUGUACCUCUGUCUGUUAGCCCUGGGAAACCCAAGGGUGUGUGUGUAACCUCUGUCUGUUAGCCCUGGGUAACCCAAGGGUGUGUGUGUACCUCUGUCUGUUAGCCCUGGGUAACCCAAGGGGGUGUGUGUAACCUCUGUCUGUUAGCCCUGGGAAACCCAAGGGUGUGUGUGUAACCUCUGUCUGUUAGCCCUGGGAAACCCAAGGGUGUGUGUGUAACCUCUGUCUGUUAGCCCUGGGUAACCCAAGGGUGUGUGUGUACCUCUGUCUGUUAGCCCUGGGUAACCCAAGGGUGUGUGUGUAACCUCUGUCUGUUAGCCCUGGGUAACCCAAGGGUGUGUGUGUACCUCUGUCUGUUAGCCCUGGGUAACCCAAGGGUGUGUGUGUACCUCUGUCUGUUAGCCCUGGGUAACCCAAGGGUGUGUGUGUACCUCUGUCUGUUAGCCCUGGGUAACCCAAGGGUGUGUGUGUAACCUCUGUCUGUUAGCCCUGGGUAACCCAAGGGUGUGUGUGUACCUCUGUCUGUUAGCCCUGGGAAACCCAAGGGUGUGUGUGUAACCUCUGUCUGUUAGCCCUGGGUAACCCAAGGGUGUGUGUGUACCUCUGUCUGUUAGCCCUGGGUAACCCAAGGGUGUGUGUGUGUACCUCUGUCUGUUAGCCCUGGGUAACCCAAGGGUGUGUGUGUACCUCUGUCUGUUAGCCCUGGGUAACCCAAGGGUGUGUGCAUGCGUGCUCGUGCUGUUGAGGGUCACUGUGGUGCUGCUGGCUGGCUGGCUCCGGGGAGAGACUGGGGGUCACUGUGGUGCUGCUGGCUGGCUGGCUCCGGGGAGAGACUGAGGGUAACUGUGGUGCUGCUGGCUGGCUGGUUCCGGGGAGAGACUGAGGGUCACUGUGGUGCUGCUGGCUGGCUGGCUCCGGGGAGAGACUGAGGAAGAUGUGGUGCUGCUGGCUGGCUGGCUCCGGGGAGAGACUGAGGGUCACUGUGGUGCUGCUGGCUGGCUGGCUCCGGGGAGAGACUGA